AUGGACAUUGGCACUGUUGACGUGCCUGAACUUUUUGCCCUGGGAUCCAUUACCAGAAUAUCCCAUCCUUUUUCGGCCGUUCCCUCAUCAAGGACGUCCACUGCCGUCACCGGCGAUGUGCCAUUCCCGUUCGACUUUUCAGAAGCAGAUGAUGAGCGUAUCAAAAGGGAUAGCGAUGAUGCAACGGUAGGGAUCGAGCUAGUUGCGGAGGUCAAGGAGAGAAUGGGCGAUUUGUGGCCGGAUGAAGGCUUCAUCGACCACGAGCGAUACGAUGCUUGCAACGCCGCCCUCAACGAAGUCAAAGGUCAGCUAUUGGAACAAUUGGCUGGAACUGAUGAGGAAAGGGCUGAGUACGAACGCUAUUGGCCAUUCGAAUGA